UACGGUCCCGUACAUCUUCUGUAGUUCCAUGAUAUCCAAGGCCGAAACCUGCCGUUAAAUGACCAAUUUAUGCGCGCUUUCUUUAGACUCAGGUCUGUUGCCAGAGUAGUGGUGCGACGGUCACCGCCGAGUCAACAUGGACUUGGAGCCUCAGCGCAUCCAACGCGACUGAAUUGUCGUGCCCAAGGAUCGCAUAGCGCGCGAGAUCACUUUUGGACGUACUGCGGGAUGCUUCUUGUGGCAGUGGAACGGAUGUCAGAACCUAUAAAGACUGGACGAUCCGAUGGAUUUGUCACAUACCACAGCACUCUUCGCCUUCUUCUCUCCACACCCGCGCAUACUUAUUAUAUAACCUAUUUCGACAACAAUGAGUACUGCACAUACGAGCGCAAGCAACAAUAACGGCAACGGCUCCUCCGAUGAGGACUAUCAGAUGCCCAGGACGCCCAAACGUACCCCAGUGGCAUGCACAUUCUGCAGAGGUCGCAAACUCAAAUGUGAUGGUCGCCAAACCUGUUCGAACUGCAACCGCAGGGGCUUAGCGUGCACAUAUCUCCCAGUCUCGGCACAGAAGCAAUGAUGCUUCAACCUAUAUAAUAUAACACUGAUUCGGACAUGCUAAAUGCCGACAUGCACGGGACAUUGGAACCUAGUCUUUGUAGCUAUAAGCUGUGGCCACCAACGUCGUAUCUUAGAAUACUUGUCAUAAUCGGAGUUGUAGCCCUUUCUACAUGUUCGUC